AUGGACAGCCCUUGGUUUAAUGAUGCAUGCGAAGAUGAAUUCUCUAAUAGUAGCGGAGAAACAGAACCGUUAUGCCUUCGACAGGGGCGUAGCGUUUCUUGCUACAGAAUAGGAACCGAUAUACAUCAGCCAUCUUUUUUAUCACUAACAAAUCAUUUAAUUACGAAAUAUGGGGAAGAAAUCGGCAAAAAGAGUGCGGAUAGAGAUCAACAAUUACUUAAUCAGAUAAAUAUCGAUGAUAAUCAUGGAAAAUUCGAAAACCCUAUAAUAGUAAUAGACGAUAAUAACAAGGAUCGUCUUAAUGCUUAUCCUUGUAAUAAUUUAUCGCGCUCGAUGCCUAUCAAUCUUAAAGCGAAACCUAUACAGCGUUACUCUGCGGAUGAAACCUACGAUGUUAUACAAUCAAAAAUAGCCAAGCAAUUAUGCCAACGGCAUAAGCAAAUUUGGGAAAGAAUUGGUUAUGUUUACCAAAAAUAA